UAAAAAUGUGCUUUUGUCGAAAGAAAAAUUUACCAUGGUUUACGAAACUUCGUACCUAUGAGAAUUCGAAUCAACUUCUUCAAAUUAUUGUUAAUGCGAGAAAACCGGUCCUUGUCUUCGGCUACCCUGUCAGCAAUAAAACCAAAGGAGUCGUUCACUAUGAAGGAAACGAAUUUGAUCUCAGAUCCUUCUUGAAAAAAUUCAACCGUCAGAUGGAGAUUUUCUUCAAAGAAAGUGAGUCCAACGAUUGGCUCUUCACACUGUACAAUGCUGAUGGUCUUGGUAGGGAACUGCCUUUUGAAGCGGAAGUCGCGAGAGUUCAAAUGGACGCAUUCUUUGAUGAGUUACUGAAUGAGAAGAGUCUCCUGGCAACUUGUAUUAGAUGCUUUACUAAUACCACUCCACGACAUCAUGAGUAUUAUGAUCAUGAACAUCAAUAAUUUUUUAAGUUAAUUUUUUUGAGAGCCUUUUUUCAAAUUGUUUCCCAGGAAUUAAACAGAAGAAAAAAAGUUAAUUUUGAACGUGUUCAUUUUUUAUUAAAAUAAUAAAAUUUACAAAGUUGAA